GCUACAGACUAGCAACUCUCUAAGGUCUUACUAUUUUAAAGUUACUACUUUGAGAAUGAAAGUCCAGAUGGGAACUGCUAAGGAUAGUGAAGCUCAAGUCUUCAAAGGGGUCCAGGGAACAAAUACCGGAAGUCGAGCGAUGUUGGUGGGAAGCGCAUGCGUAUUCCUAACUCUCCUAACGGCCGCCAUAUUGGGCUCCGUGUAUCUGGGGCACUCGCUUCACCACCGGGACUCGACAGGCAAACAACAGACAUACACGGCGGAUUUCUACCAGGACGGUCACCACGUUGUCAAGGAAACUGUAGUCAUCACGAAACGUGAAGAUGUGUUCGCUUCCCCCAACAACAGCGUUGUCAAGGACUAUGAUACAGGGUUCGCAGUGUACAAGAUGGACCACCUCCCAGGGUGCUACCUGACCACGUUUAACAUUAGCGACAGAGACAACUACAGCAAUAAUGGACAGCAACAGGUGUCUAUUGAGGUUACACAUACCACCAAGCAGCGCUUCUCAGUGACGGACAUCGCCGUAAAUAGGGCAGUGCUAGGUCCUCAGGCGGCCGCUAUGUGCGUCGGAAGAGAUCUGUUUAUACUUAGACAACAAACAGGUAGAUGCAAUGUGCAGGUGACCGUUAAAGGGGGACCAAAUGUUUAA